AGCGGAGGAACAAUUGAUGGCAAAGAAAAAUGGGCAUACGUUGACGUGCGACCAGGAGCACACAUGUUUUAUUGGCUUUAUCGGUCGUAUCAUAAAGAUGACUACAAAACAAGACCACUAAUUCUUUGGCUACAAGUAUGUUAUAUUCUGAUAUUCUAA